UUCAGUAUCUUUCACCAGUCUGAAAAAGCGAAUUUUGAAAAACUCAUCGACAUCGAUCCACCAAGGAGGGAAAAACAGAAUAAGAAGCUGCCUUUUUUUUUUUUUUUUUUUUUUGAGUAUAAACAAAAAAAAAAAAAAGAAAAAAAAGAAGAAGAGGUUUUGUAUCAAUUGAGAAUAGCGGAGGCUAUCGGCUAUGGGUUCAUCUUCAACAGAAGUACCAACAAUGCAGGAAAUUAUGUUGGAGUUUCGUGCUGGUAAAAUGUAUUUUCAGGGAAAAACUGUUGUACCUGAUACCCGUAAGGGACUCGUUCGCCUAGCAAGGGGUGAAGAGGGAUUAGUCCGUUUUCAGUGGCUUGAUCGGACGCAAAAUGUUGUUGAAGAUGAUCAGAUUAUUUUCCCUGAUGAAGCUGUUUUUGAGAAGGUUAAUCAAGCAUCAGGAAGGGUGUACAUACUGAAGUUCAAUAGUGAUGACAGGAAGUUCUUCUUUUGGAUGCAGGAGCCUAGAGCUGAAGGUGACACGCAGAUAUGUAGCUCUGUAAACUACUACAUCAACCGGCCAUUAGAGUUUCUUGGUGAAGAAGAGCCUGAUGCUUCUGUUCCACUGCAAGUUUCUGAAGAUAUGCUUGAAGAUGAUAUCUCAUCAAGAGCUGGAAACUUGAUUGGCUCAAACUUGGGUGCUGAAGUCACUAGUGAAGCAACCUCUUCAUCUGGCCCAGUGAAAUUGGAAGACCUGCAAAGAAUCCUGAGCAACAUUGGGCCUACGGACUCUGAUACGUGUAAUGAUAUGGUACUUGUUGCAGAUGGUGCCGGAGAUCCAGAUGGAGGCUUGAGUUUAGGGGAUAUAUUGAAGCCUGAUCUGGUGAUGCCGUUGAUCGAGACAUUGCCACUCGAAGAACUUUUAGCAUCUUACUUACCUGAGGGUCAAUGGUCGCCUGAGGAUAUACUGGAGUUGCUUCAGAGCCCACCUUUCCGCCAACAAGUAGAUUCAUUUACUUAUGUCCUUCGAACUGGACAGAUAGAUUUGACUCAGUUUGGAAUUGACCCAAGUAAAUAUAAGUUCACAGUUUUGUCUUUUCUUGAGGCUCUUGAGGAUUCUGUUGCCAAAACUUCAGAGUCAGAGGAGUCAAGACAGGAUGACAAGGAUUUAAGAUCUCAAUCAUGUAACCGUAAUGAUACCAUGGACGAGUCCCGGUAGUGGGACAAGUUUCUUGCAUGGCGGAAGCUGCUUAUGAUUCUUCCUGCCCUGUUUUAUAUGUUGGAGAACUUUUUAUCCUCUUACUUUUGAUCUUUCUCCUCAAUCUAUACGAAUUACGGAUUGGAGUAAAGGAAAAAGAAGCAAAGAGAAGAGAGAAAAGCCAUUGAUCUGUUUAUUAGCAUUUAGAACUCCCUCUUGUACACAGACGAAUAAUAAAUCUAAAGUUUUCUCAUUGUGUA